GUAUCACGUUGCGAAUGAAGUUCUUUGAAUAUGCUGUUGUUACAUGACAGAAAGCGGUGUUGUUCCUGAUACUCUGUACAGAUACACAUCGACGUUAGGCAUUUAAAUUUUUUUAAAGUAGUGUUUUUAUUAUGUGCUUAACGCUUUCCAAUUUCUGCACCCAGCUGUUUUGCGAAUAUUUCUUAAUUCUCCUAAUUAUAGUUAAAUUACUUUACUGCUAAGCAAACCCUCGCAUUUUGUCCUGUGUGUUCCCGUUAUUUCAACUCCGUAUGCUAUGGAUCCAUCAGGAAGCGGCGGAUUCGAUUUGUCUGCCAAUACAACUGGUGAAAAUAGCGGUAGUGUGAAUAUUACAUCCAUUGAAAUACAAUGUGGUCUUCCUGUCCAAGUUGCAUACGAAAGUAGUGAUAACCCCACUAACUGGGUUGAAUUUGUUUUCUACCCCAUCCUUCUACUCUUCUGCACCGUGGGCAACAUACUGAAUCUGUUAGUGCUGGGAACGGAGAGGAAUAAAACCACCACCAGUGUUUUUCUUAUAUGGUUAGCCCUUUCCGAUUUGUGCAUCCUCUGGCUAUAUCUUCCGAUUUACAUCAUCAAAGUCAGUCCUGCUGCCAUGGACAAUCCUAACGACGAAGAAGGCUACGCCAAUUUCGGAGGAGCACAAUCGUGGUUGUCGGAAGCAUGCAUACAGUUUUCUGACUGGACUUUAAUCGCUUUUUCCAUUGAACGGUUUAUUGCGGUUUCGAAUCCAUUGGGUCGUGUAUAUAAAUACAAGAUGGGAAGACAAAUAUGUACGACGGCAAUAAUCGAGCUGGGUCUUCUCAUUCUGGCGCUGGCCGCGACUGUGGAGAAUGCCGCAACAUGGUAUUAUAUUCUGGUUAAAGGAAACGACAACUCUGAAAAUUCUGCAUGGCUUCAUAAUUGGAAAAACGUACAGCUUCAGUUUGAGACUUUCGUAUGUUGUGACCGGACCGGAAACUGGGAUUACCAUAGCCAAACUUUUUGUCUUAAUCGUCUUAAACCUGGCGAUAUUCAUUGUCAUAAUGAGGCGGUACAAGGAUCGGAAAACGGUGCUCCAUGGAAGAGGUAGCAAUCGAACGGUUAUAAAAAGGUCAACGGUCACCGGCCCAGCCAAAGUGAACGACAGCGACCAGGCGCAGCGUCGAACCAGUUUCCUUUUCCUGGCGGCAUGUGUGUCCCUCUAUUUUAUCUUCCAGUCCCCGAACGUUGU